AUGGUCUAUGCUAGUCCCCACAUCCAGGGACGUGUACAACUUUGGAGGGAUCUCUGUAUGAUUGCUACUCAAGUGGAUGGCCCAUGGAACCUGAUGGGAGAUUUUAAUGUUGUUCUGCAUUCAUAUGAGCGUCAGGGUAGCUCGCCUAGUUCCUCAAUUCGGGGUGACAAUGCUUUUCGGAAGUUUGCUAACCAUUGUAGCCUUAUAGAUAUUGGCUAUCAGGGUGCUCCCUUCAAUUGGCAUAGAGGUCUUUUAUAUGAACAUCUUGAUCGAUCCUUAGUCUCUUAUGAUUGGCAUAUUAGCUUCCCUGAUGCAUCUCUCAUUCAUCUCAAUCCUUUCAAAUCAGACCACUCCCCCAUUUUACUUCAUUUUGGCUUAGAUGAGAAUCUGAGAAGAAGAAAGAGACCAUUUGGAUUUGAAGCCGCGUGGCUGACCCAUGAAGCCUUUCAAGGUCUUAUGCAAUGA